AUGCGUCUGGCCGCGCUCGCCCUCCUCUGUUCCUUAUUUUCCUCAAUUCACGCCCUUCAUUUCUACCUCGACGCGAACCAGAAACGAUGCUUCAUUGAAGAACUACCGACAGACACCGUGGUCGAAGGACACUACCGUGCGCUGGAGUGGUCAGAAGAUAAGCAGGCGUAUGCAGAGAACCCGGAGCUUGGUAUCAUUGUUGAGGUCCAGGAGGAGCCUUCCGGCCAUGUCGUCGUAAAGACAACCGGUCCUCUCGACGGCAAAUUCACCUUCACCUCGCACGAAGCGGGCGACCACUCCAUAUGCCUCUCCACCAACUACUCUUCCUGGUUCAGUCACACCCAUAUCCGUCUCUACCUCGAUAUAGUUGUUGGCUCAACAAAGCCCGACGUCGAGCAGGACCGUUCGCAUGUCUCUGAACUCGCCUCCAAGGUCCGCGACCUCAACCAGAAGCUCGAGGAUAUCCGUAGAGAGCAGCAGUACCAGCGCGAGCGGGAGGCAGAUUACCGCGACCUCAGCGAGGCUACCAACUCACGCGCAGUCUGGUAUAGCAUUGCACAGAUCGUCGUGCUGGUUGCUACAUGUGCAUGGCAGCUGCGGCAUCUCAAGGUGAAUAUGCUUUCUGCUAUCUGA